AUGGAAAAGCGUCUUCAAAAAAAACAGAUCUUUGUAAUGGGUCCAGAAGAGAAACUUAACACCACGUUUGUUCGCCCUGCAAGGUUCUAUAUCAGUGGGUUUACCAACAUCCCUUACUUAAAGUAUUACUAUGUGUUCCUGUGUUUUGUCUACAUCCUGACUGUUCUGGGGAAUGGCUUCCUCAUGUUAGUUAUUUACCUGGUGGAGGCCCUGCAUACUCCCAAAUACAUGAUUGUGUUUAACCUGGCGUUGGUAGAUUUGUGUGGCAGCACGGCUCUCAUACCAAAACUCUUAGACUCCUUUUUGUUUAACAGGAGGUACAUCGUCUAUGAGGCUUGUUUGAGUUACAUGUUCUUUGUUAUAUUGUUUGGAAGCUUGCAGUCAUGGACGCUUGUCACAAUGGCAUUUGACAGAUUAAUAGCAAUUUGCUUCCCUCUAAGGUACCAUAGUAUUGUUACUAAACAAACUAUUGGUGUGAUGCUGAUGUUUUCAUGGGUUGUUAUUACAGUUCUUUUCACCAAAAUAGUAACAACAGCCACUUCUAUUCACCCUAAUGUCAGGAUUAUUAACUCCUCUCUGACACACACCAUACCAGCAUUGCUUAACCCAAUUAUUUACUCUUUAAAGACAGAGGAAAUUCUAGAACAUAUAUGGAAUUAUUUA